AAUGCCACUGCCGAAGCAAAGAAAAAGAUCCCAGAAAUAUCAAGAGUAGCGUUGAAGACGGAACAGGUUAUUACGACAACACAUUUGAUGAGUAAGGCAGAAGUCGCCGAAUCGAAGAAGAUUUUGGAGCAAUUCGAAAAACGGGAAAAGCAUGCACGAGAACGGGCAGCUGCGGAGAAUGAUCUUGAGGGUUAUGCGUUCGAGGUCAGCCAAAUGCUGGAAAACGAAAACUUUGUGCUGCAUUCAACAGAAGAGGAGAGAAAUAAGAUUGGUGAAGAGACGAAACGCAUUCGAACAUGGCUUGAAGAUGAUACAACACCAGACACGAAGACCGCAGAAUUCACCAAAAAUCAUGUGACUCUCAAAGCACUUGUGCGGCCAGUGCUGAGGAGAGUUGAAGAGGCAAAGACUCUACCAGAGGCGAUAAAGAAUCUGGAAUCUAUCCUGAAUUCGUCCAGAAUUAUGGCAAAUAUGGGUGGAGAUGACGAGAAGUCAUUAUUCAAUAAGUCGGAUUCGGAUGCAUUUGCCAAGAAGCUAGAUAGAUUGGAAACCUGGUUCAAGGAAAAGAAGGAAGAACAAGCAAAACGAAAACCUAAUGAGGAUCCAGCGCUUCUGACUAGUGAAGUGGCUGCUAAGGUAAGCAUCUGGUGA